UCCAGAAGAAAGGGGCUCCUGAAGAGGAUUCGGCUGAUGAAGACUGGAGCUACAAAAAGGUCCAGGAUUUAGGACGCACGUGGACCUCGUCGAGAUCUGGUUCCAUUUAAAGAUCCAAGGAACUGAAUUGUUGUGGUUCGGGGAAAAGGUUCCUGGGAGGAUUUAUCAAGUGGAGUGCCUCCACACAGGAGCUAGGCUGGUCCGGACUUCUUUGUCAGGAAGUUUGGACGCUCAAGUAGGACCAUCGUCUGUUCAACGGUUAGGACCUCGUUUCUCUUUAAUUGUCCGCGCGUAAGGACUCGGCUCUCUCGUGGAUCUCAAAGGAGAGGAUUCCGUUUCUUUUUAGCAGUUCGCGAGGUUAAUGAGUACCAGUUGGAUGGGAUGCACACAGGACUCGGUCCAACCCGGGAGAACCUGGUCCAUGAGGUUUGGAAGCUCGACGUGGACGAAGACCGCCAAGGCCAAGAGCUAGGCUUCCGUUUAAUCCUACAUCGCUUAUAAAAUUUAUGGCUGGUGGAAGAACGUCCUUAAACGUUGUCGAGUGCGUGCACUUAGUACGUCAAGGCUCUUAAGAGCUCUAAUAAAAAAAAAAAACAAUUAGGAGAACUGUAAUCAUUGUUUUUUUUUUACACAAAAUCGUUGUAACUGAAAGAAGGCUCCAGCUGAUGUGUCGAUGAAGAACGCAGGAACUAGGAAGUCUUUCCACUGAGUUAAAAAUUGUGAAAGUCCUGGAUCGUCAGGAUCAGGGACAGGAUCCUUAGUUCAGGCUCCCUGCAACUGGAGAAGACUGGCUUGCGGUUAUCCAGGGAGUUGAAGUUUGGUCCAGGGAAGAAGACAUCUUGGGGAUGUCCUGCCGUCCCAAUCGCGCAGGUUCUCCAACUAUCCCUUCGGUUGGAAGCCACUCGGCGACCUUUAUCUUCGUUGUCCAGAAGCCCAACACCAAAGUGUCCUGACACGGGCAGAUCCCGCGAUCACCGGGUCCCUCUUUGUAUCCACUCUUCGUGUCGAGAGAUCCCCUUCUGGAAGUCCUUUUCCGGUUGGCAGACGCCGAACCAUCGCUGGAACCUCAUCAACCCUUUCGUCAACCUCGGAUCCUGGACAAUCGGUCGCAGGAUCGCGAGCCACCUUUUAUAACUCAACGAACCACUGCUCUCCGAAAGAUAAUACCCAGGACAUUCGUGUUCCAAGUUCGCCAGCGAUUUCGAGUCCUUCCGACAAUCCAAGAACCACGUUUCCCGGAGGAUCCUCCAGCUCGAAGACGAUCGACUUUCAGACAGAAGUCGAUCCGUGGCUGCGGACCGCCAUCCUAAUUUGGAGGCUCUCUUCAACUUCCAGCUCUUCAGACCAAACGAGAAGAGUCCCUGGUUCUUCUCUGGACAGUACUCCCUCGGAUUUGGGACACCUGAACACCCCUCACCUCCAAAUUAGGAAGAACGUAACGAGUCGUCAUCCACGUUUCCUUGGUUCCCAAGGGAAGUCGUUCGUCCUGAAAUUCCUGGCUCUAACAAGGAUCUCGUAUCCCGGACGUGAUCUCUCCAGAACUUGACUUGGAUUUACUGGCUGGUUCUUCAUCGAGGAAGCUGCCGAACGAAGAUCAGCUCCCAGGAUAAAUCCGGCGUUUCUUGACGUCUGCUUCUUCCUACUGGAGUCCACUUUUCCGGGGCAUCCCCUCGACCUGCCGUCCGUAUUUUGCAUCUUAUCGGGGGUCCUUGCUCAGGAAAAUGUGAACCGUCCUCGUCUUCGCCUCGUCUCGUCCCUCUUCGUGGCCUCUCUUCUCGCCGCCUCUGUCUCACUUGACCUCACCUCGGAAGAAAUGAUAGGCAGCCCUUGCUAAUCGAACGGUCCCUCUGUUAUCACCAAGUGAGCGGAUUAUCAUGGCGGGGUACGAUCACGCGAGUCAACAGCGCGUUGUUUACCAUGCAACUUAUCCAACACCACUUGCACCAAAUGGAGACCCGAUUAAGCUACCCGAGAAUCUGGAAACGUUACCACGAGCCGAGCACUUCCCUACCCAAAGGCAUCGAUGGAACACCAACGAGGAAAUCGCGGCGAUUUUGAUCAGUUUCCAACGGCAUGUCGAGUGGCAAAGUCGGGAGGUCAAGGUGCGCCCCAGGAGCGGCUCGAUGCUCCUCUACUCCAGGAAGAAAGUGCGCUACCGAAGGGAUGGGUACUGCUGGAAGAAGAGGAAAGAUGGCAAGACCACUCGGGAGGAUCACAUGAAGCUAAAGGUCCAAGGAGUGGAGUGCAUCUAUGGGUGCUACGUCCACUCGGCGAUUUUGCCGACGUUCCAUCGCCGGUGCUACUGGCUCCUGCAGAACCCUGACGUGGUCCUGGUCCAUUAUCUGAACGUCCCCUACCCAGACGGGGACGCGAAGUUGGCGGCCCUACCGUCCUGCCUUGCCUUGCCACCCGACAAGAAGGAAUGGACUCGGGACGAGUUGGCCUCCCAGCUGAGGCCCAUGUUCCUGGGUGGAGACGAGGACCCCAAUGACCCUCACUUGGGCCAGCACUCGUCGCAUCCGGUGGACAUGAUUGUCACCCAGCUGCUGGACCGCCAGAGAGCGUCAUCAACCACGGGAACAGGUGCCGCCCAGCUCGCUCCCAGAAGACUCACCCCAGACAACCAGGUGACUUCGACGACCGGGGGUCAACAGCAAGCAACAACGGCGUCGUCAGCUCCCCGGGUGUACUCGCGACAUUCCCACACGACCCAAGGACAACAGGCUACUCCUUUGGUCCUGAGCCUGCAACAGAUUCAAGGCGGAGGUGGGUUGUUGAUCCUGAAUAGUCAACCCUACCACCACCAGCAGCAACAGCAGCAGCAACAGCAGCAGCAGUCCCAACAAGCGCAGCACCAGCACCAGCAGCAGCAGCAGCAGGCUCAGGCCCAGCAGCAGAGUCAGCAGGUGGACAUGCAGCAGGUGGCGGAUCAGCAACAACUGGUCCAGCAAACGAACGUCGACAGAGAGCAGCAAACCCAGCAAGAGAUCGAUGCCCAGGAUGGUUUGGAUAGGUCGUCCGUCCCGUCUCUACCUACCCCCGGGAGCGGAACCAGCGUUGCCGAUUUCCCGGAGAGUCUUGACCUCAGCCAGGAGGAGAUCCAGAGGACCCUGUCAGGCAACAUGGUCCCUCCGUCGCCGUCCACCUCCCCUGGGGACAACGACAUGAUCAACCCGAUGGACUUCAUCGACUCCUCGGACGACGUGCUCAUCAAUCUCGAUGCCUUCGACGUGUUCAGCGACUUGCCGGAGCUUCAUGAUUUCGAGGCCGAGCAGGUCAAGGCUGAUGACCACGCUGACAACGACGCUGCUUGCCACCCAGGGACUACAGUACACAUCGCGGAAUACAGCCCUGAGUGGAGCUACACCGAAGGCGGCGUCAAGGUGUUGGUUGCUGGACCAUGGACCGGUGGCAGUGGGUCUCAGUCGUACUCGGUGCUCUUCGACGCUGAACCGGUGGAGGCGUGUCUGGUGCAGCCUGGGGUGCUGAGAUGCAGAUGCCCAGCUCAUGUACCUGGCGUGGCGUCCCUUCAAGUAGCCUGUGAUGGCUUUGUUGUAUCUGACAGCGUUGCCUUCGAGUAUCGACGAGCUCCAGCAACCGAGCCAAGUCCGGAACGAGCUCUGCUGGAUCGCUUGGCUGAUGUGGAAGCCAGGCUCCAGGGUCCGGGGCCACCGUCACCGGCUGCACACCUUGAAGAACGUCUUGUCGCGUAUUGCCAGGAUGCCGUUGUCCGACCUUGGCGAGCUGGAGCCGAACCUCUCCAGUCAGGAGGCCCCACGUUGUUGCACCUGGCAGCUGGACUUGGCUACUCUAGACUGGCUUGUGCACUUCUCCACUGGCGAGCUGAGAAUCCUAGCAGUGUGUUGGAUGCUGAAGUUGAUGCUCUCAGGCAAGAUGGAGCAGGUCUGACGCCUCUUGCUUGGGCCUGUGCUGCUGGACAUGCCGAUACAGCCAGGAUCCUCUAUCGGUGGAACGCCAUGGCUCUUCGCGUCAGGGACUGCCAAAACCGGACAGCGACCGAACUGGCCGCUGAAAACGGGCAUGCCGCGAUUUCUGAGGAAUUGAACCGUCUGGAAGCUAGAAGACAAGACGAGAGACUCUUCCUGCGACCUGCUAGCCCUAGAAGACCAUCUCAGGACAGCGGGCUCGACCUAGCGUUGUGUGGCUCGCCGCUCCUGGACAACAUGGAGUUGUUGCAAGAAGACGAGUCCUCGUUAGGACUUGGCCAACAGGGAAUGGAAAGUGCUCCGAGUCCUGGGGAAACUGUAGGGGAAGAAGACGCGAGGGUGCUGACCUUGGCGGAGCAGAUCAUCGCGGCGCUUCCAGAGAGGAUCAAGAGGGCCGAAAACGAUGCCUCGUCGCCGUCGUCGCCGCCUUCUCCGUCCCCGUUGCCACCCCUAGAAGAUGCCCUGAUGGAGCAAGUGCCCCUAGACUCUGGUGAACUCUUCGACUCCUACCGCGACUGCAGUGGAGGUGCAGCGUCGGUGUCAGACGCGGAUGCAGAUGCAAGUCCGUCGAGCCCGUCCAGCAGCUGCCUGACCCCGGACUCGCCGUCUCCACCACCUACCACCGCGGAUUUCUGCGAGUUCCUGCAGCUGCAGCUGCAACUGGACGGUGGGAACGGCCAGAAUGGACAGUACUCGUACGACGGUGGCGCCACCCGCGGUCUGGGAAGCGGCCUGGGUCCCGCAGGUGGUCCUGCAGGGGCGACCGGGAACGGGGACGGCGGCGAAGCCGAUCUCAGCAGGCUGACCCUGUCCGACCGGGAGCAGAGGGAGCUUUAUCAGGCCGCCAGGAUGAUCCAGAAGGCCUACAGGAACUACAAAGGCCGCCAACGUCAGGAAGAGGCCGAGCGACAUGCCGCCGUCCUCAUUCAGCAGUACUAUCGCCGGUAUAAGCAGUAUGCGUACUACAGACAAGCUACCAGAGCAGCUUUGGUCAUCCAGAGUAACUACCGAAGCUACAGGGCCAGGCCCGGGUCCAAUCCAAGGCAGCAAACCGUGCACCAGCAGGCAGCCCAUCAGGCUGCCCGGAAGAUUCAGCAGUUCAUGAGACAGUCCAAGAUCAAACUGCAGAACGCCAGGGCCGUCGCAAGCGGGAGCGGGAGGCAGCAGGGGCCCACUUCACGGGGGGCUGUUGCCCCCCAAAGCUCGCCCUCAUCUAGCCCAGGGGCCGGCCCAGUAGUCGCCAGCCCAGAAGCCACGUAGUCGAUUGUCAGCCAACUUCAGGAGGCAUCACUCUUGAGGAGAGGCGACGCCAGCGCACAUAGAGAGCCCUGGUACCGAGGCGUCCCGCCAGGGGCGUCCGAGUCGUUCUCUCUUGCGGCCGUCGACUACUCGCGGUCCUUCGCCAUGAUGGACGCCGAGCCACGUGACGCGGUUCUCAAACUAGCAAUCGCUACUCCUCGAGUCCACUGCGCGAAAUAUAGGUGCUAUUGUCGACCGCCGCACGUCGCCCUCGUCGCGCGCCCACCUCGAAACUUGGGAACCGCCUCACACGAGUCAUGGAGUACUUAGGGCGGAAUUACCUUCGGAUACUCUUGGGAUAUUUGGGAGGUCGUCCGGAAAUCUGGGAAUUGCUCGAAAAAACGCUGGCAUUCGCGAGUGGGCCGGAGUUAGGAUGUAACGGGGCGUUACAGGGUAGUCGGGGAAGCCGCCAUAUUGGAGGUCGCGGUCGCCAGUCGGAGCUUAAGAUGGCCGCCAUUGUGAUUCCCCGGCUGUAUUUCUAGUACCGGGGAAAAUGCGCGGCGGAUUCGCUGUUUCUUUGAGACGUUCGAGGGGAAAUGAGUUUUUGGAAGACGUUCACGUUCCUGGAUAGAAAAUGCUAGAGUUAAUAGGGUAUAGAGCUAUUAGGGUGUUCGCCAUAUUGAGGGGUGAUCUGUGAUUGGUCACUGGACUGCCGGACUCGGCCAAUCGGACGCGAUUGAUAAUCAAUAUGGCGAGACUGAGACGUCGCAUCGGCACUUUCUGGGGAGUUUCGGCGUUGGUGCCAUUUCUCGAGGCGUCUCCAGUGGGGAUUUCGAUUGUUUUCCCGGUUUUUCUUCUUAUGAAAUUUACGGCGCUGCCGGUCGUUGAUGUGGGGCGUGCAACUACAGGGUAGCUAGGGGAUUCGCCAUAUUGAAUGCGUUGCGAACCAGUGAUCGUUACCAAAUUUUUCUUACUUUCGCCGAACUUCCGGUUCUAGUUACAUUCUCGUUAGAGCGGAAACGGCCAAUCGGGUGCGAUUGAUAAUCAAUAUGGCGACCGAUAAGCAGCUUCGGCACCUUAUAACGAAUACGAGCACACGCGCGUCACCGGAAACGGAAUUCGAGGUUCCCUCUUUUGAACAAAGUCGAAUUUCUGGGAGAGAGUUGACGCUACUAAGUAACUAGGAAACACUAGGAUGCACUACAACAGGGUAGCUAGGCAAUUCGCCGUAUCGAGAGCGUCGAUAACCAGUGAUUGGCUCCUCUACUGGCCAAUCGGGCUCGACUGAGAUGUCGCUACUGUACUCCGCAACGUCGGAGCGGGAAAUUCAAAUCGCUCGCGGAAGGUUUCACCGAACGCUCCAGGCGAAUAAUUCGCUCCUCUCCGAGAAAAUAGUCGGUAGUAGUCCUCGCAAGAGGCGAGAAGUUCGUUUUCAACGAAUUGCACAUCGAGGAAGGAGACCUACGCGCCGGCAAACGGUUUUCAGACUAGUCCCGAUCUGGAUUAGGAAACAGCGAAGGAUUUCCAUCUACUCCGAAUUUCUAGGGAAAUCCAAACAAGGAAAGACGCGAGGCGAAGAUCCGCCAUAUUGGAAACUAAUCAAACGCAAUUAAAAUCCCGGUGGCGUGUACAUUAGUCCGUGCCACUCUACUUUCUCGCUUCCGUCGAUCGUUUCGUUGCGUUUUCUAUAAGCUAGUCCUAGUAAUUCCGAAUCGAUACAUUUUCUACGGCGUAUUUUAAUCUGUCCAGUAGACUUCAGUGAUAGAAAGUCGUGCCCUAGGUGCAAGAAUUUCGUCACUCGAGUUGUGCCGAUCCUUCUUGGCGUGCUAUUCGUAGGAAACAGUAUAACAGAGAAACGAGGCGGGAGGAAGGGAUUUUCGGGAUUCUGAGCGAGAGAGAGGGAGAGCAUGAGAGAGUGAAAGAGAAAGAGAGAAAAGAGGGAAAGUCCUCUGGCGGAAUCCCCCGAUAGUGCUGCCGUGCACCGGGCGCUUCGAGUAUUAGCGAUCUCUUCGACUUUUAGAUACCUAUACGUAUAAACCUAUUAUUAAGGGCUAUUUGAGCACCGUCAUCGAUUUAAUCUAUCAGUCUUUCUCGCUAGAGAGAGGAAACUUUCGAGGAUUCUUACGUCGUAGUAUUUUAAGCUAGUAUGAGAGAGGGAAAGAGAGAGGGCGCGCGCGAGCGCGCACAACAGGGGGAUUCCGCGCUUGCGCGGCUCUCUCGGCGUUUAAAAAAAAACAUUGUGAUAAAUCUAUGGUGAUCCAAGAAAGUAUUUCCGAGGUUUCGAUGCUACGAAUGCCGUCGGUCGAAGUGGCGCGUAGAAGGCGGACGGUGCGAACUUCAUGCGGCCCACCUUGGCGGUCCGAGCUUACGUCGAGUUUGCGCGCAAUUGCACCUGUAUUGCUCGCAUAUGCGACAGUGCACUGCAAUCGGAGCUGCGACUGACGUCACUGUGCUGCGAGCUUCCCGUGAAGGCUUCGAAUCACGAGACUAGCCCGGAAUUUCUCGGCGCAGCAUGUAGGGCGCGUUGCAGGCAACUACUCUCUGCGUGGCUACAAAAACGGUUUUAUCUGACAAUCGGAGCGACAUAUAGAAAAACGUUUCUAACAAACAUUCCGCGGGACAACGUAAGCGGCAACUUUUGUCUGAGCCGUUUUUCUACAUAGUGCACGGGAGAGGCGGAAAUCUGGGACAUGCAGAGCGUACUCGCCGACUCGCCCGGCGUUCGCCAUAUCGGAUCGCCGAGAUCCACAGCACAGUGGCGUCAUUUUCCGCGGCCUGACAAUGAAAUCCGACGUGUCAGACUUGCGAGCCUCUUGAUUCAAAUACGAACUAAUUAGGGUUAAUGUAAAUCUUACAAUUUAGACCUUACGAGUGGUCGAGUCGUGGCGACUGUCCCGCGUCCUAAAAAAAGGGGCGACGAACGACCACUGUGAUCGUUUGCAUCCUCGGGGUACACGCAGUUCCGGGGACGGAUUUUUGUGCAUCCCCAUGCGGGGAAUUCUGGUGACUUUUACAGUCCGCCUUUUACGACGGGAACGGACCUUUCGUCCGGCUAGGAUGGAAGAUCAGCCCGCUGCGUAACUUAACCGCAAAAACUAGUGUCCGUUGGCAUCGCACGGAGCGCACUUUCUCGUUCUUCCGACCUCGUAGAGCCGCUUAAUCGUAAUCUCGCGUAAUUCUUGAGAACUUGUAACCUAUUACGAAACACAUCCGCGCUGUGACGAUGGCACCCCCUGGCGGAGGCCGACGUAAGCGCGGAGCGUCCUAGGCGAGCGCUAGGGAAAAUUGUACACACGAGUCAAUUCCAACGAGCAUUUUCAUGCCACUAAGCUUAAAGAAUUAUUAGUUAUUAAAGAAAGAGAAAGCAGGAGGUAACGGCGACACGAUGGAAAGAGAGACGAGUACAUAGAGUACACUCAUGCAUAUAUACUGACGCGCAUGCGUGUCGAUCAACAUUCGAGACGAGGCCACACAUGGAGACAGAAUUCCACACACAUACACACACACACGUACACACUUUCAAUCAUUGUUAAUUAAUUCGUCACGAUCCUAUCGAUACUUAAAGAGAGGCGAGAGAGCGAGUAAAUAUUAUUAUUAUACACGAACUACUAUUGUAUUCAUAUUUUUGCUUAUUACGACUUUUUAAGAAUCUAUCGAGGAGGGUCUAGUUAGAAAACGAGCCGCAAGGGAACGCCCCAUGUGCGAUGUGUAGAAGUGGAAACUCCCUAGGAAGGGGGACACCUCUAUUGAGGACGCUUGCAAGAAGUAACUAGACUUCGUUUAUUUCAUUUUAUUCUGAUAUUCUGAUUUGUUGGUGGAUUCUCGGUUCAGACGUUCUUAUUGCGAAAAAAAUUAUUGGGCCCGCGUUUUCUAGACUGCAGGGUUCAGGGAUUAUCGAAGCGACCUCAAUAGUGGAAUCACUCUAAUAUUCAUGCAAACCGACGGAAGUUUCUAGAACUGCACACGGAUCAUCGUGGGGCGCGCAGAUCGCGCUCCAUGCGGCCGUAGUUUGCCGAGCGCGGCGAAAUCGAGCUUCGAGCCUCGCGUGAUAUACUUAAUUAAUCGAAAUACAGUAACGAUAACUUAACGGAGGACUUAAGGGACAUUAAGGGAGAGGCUUAUUAGUCGGGAGUUGGUAAAAAAAAAAGAAAUCAUACCGAGGCAAAAGCGACUCUGACUGCGGCGCGCUUUGCGCAAACAGUACUACUUUUCGCUUAAGGGAUUUAAAAAGUAGAUUCAGGAGUAAUAAAUAAUUAACUAAAUCAAUGAAUAAAUAAAUAAAAGAGGGAACCGAGGGAGGCGUCGGUUUGUAGAGCCAGAAUCGCCUCUCUGCCGAGACUUAAUGAAAAGGACUUAGAGAGCAGCACUUUUAGUCGGGCCUCUUCGGGCGAGAAAACUCGUCCUCUUCGACCUCUUCUUCGGGUUCUUGCAAAAUUCCCCGUAUAUUUUUUUACGCGUCCAACGGUUGUCCCCGGAGGUUGCGAUGCGAAAUUGGUCGUCCGAUUCUAACCUCUCUCUCUCUCUCUCUCUCUCUCUCUCAUUGCUAGAGAUUAACAGCGAAGGAAAGACGACGACUUUUCUUCCCGAGUGCGCGCCCGUGAACUUCCGUCUCGACCUCGCGGCGAGUAGUUAACCUCACUUUCUCAUUAGCGACUAACUAGUCUAAAGGAAACAUCCUUAAUCCCGUUUGCGGGGCUGCCAUCUGUCGGAGGUCGGCCGUACGAUCCGGCCUUUGGCGAGACUGGCAGCUUUUUUGGGAUAACAACCCGCGACGGAUCCACUUUUUCGCUUUUUGAAUCGCGACGAGGACUCGCGGGAGGCCAGGGGAGAGUGCUGAUAAAAUAACGAAGUAAAUCCAAGUGGAAAAAAAAAUAUACAUAUAUAUAUCCAUAUAUCUCUACGAGAAACUCGCUAGGGUAGGCGCUUCACGGUACAUAAAUCUUCUCAAGACACCUCAAGGGGUGAAUUAUUCUCAAGUAAAUCAAUUAAACGAUGAAUAAACAAGCGACUUAAAGGGUUGACACCGGCGUCAUCGAGGAAGUUAAGAGGAAGCCCAGGAGACACUUGCGGCAGGAAUUUCAAAAGUCCUCGAACUCGUCCCCAUUUUGAGAAUUAUUAUCCUUCUGGGGACACUUUCUGGUGUUUUUAAGGUCUACCGGUUCCUUCUUUCUUCCCGAUGCGCCGGCGGGCUUUUCGAACGAGGGAAAAGUGACGAAGUUGGGAAUGCGAAAGCCGAGGGUCAAAGACGACUAGAUAUCAUAGGAGCCGCAUGGCCUAACUGCUGCCACAUUGAAUUAAAAAUUGAUUAAUUGUAAACUUUACUACUAUCCGAUUAACGAGUCGAUAUAAACAAGUCAGUGGCCUUCCGGCCACAUUUCAAGCUACUCUUAGAGGUUUGCAAUCGAAUACAAAAAUCGUAGGUAGUCUCUAUUCCCCGUUUCCCACUUCCUCGAGGCGGGGACGAGAAUAUACACUCGCUAGAGAUUAUCGCGCUCCGAAGAAUAUAUCUCUGGGGUAAUAUGCCCGGAAUAUAUUGCGAUGCGUCCCAUAAGUCCUGUCGAGCUCGCCGAGAUCGAGUAUUGUUGCUGGCGGAGGUUUAAACAAAUUAUUCCCGGAGUCCUUUCGACUUCCAGGCGAGAUUCGCCGAGACCGAGGCGGUCGGAACUGCCUAGUUAUUCAUUUAUAAUUGUUAAGAGCCGUGGUUUUGUUUAUAAGAAAAUUGUCUCUUUAAAUAGAUCGUUAGGACCUCGGUGAAGAACGUUAAUUUAGCCGAAUUGUUCCUCCCCGUAUAGGCAUAAUGUAUCGUCCGUGAUAUUUGUUAUCUGUUGGGUGUUUGAAUAGUGCAAAUUAUGCCGUUCCAUUGGUGGACAUUAAGUUUACGGAAGUUGAUUAGUCGUUGUUGUAUAUUAAUCGUUGAAUCGUUAAUCGCGCCAAGUACGGAUCGCCGCGGUUCAAGGGUCCGUACCGAGCUGCGCUAUUAAUUAUUAAGUAAUUCAUUUUUUAAUCGGUAUCGUGAUUGUACAUACGGAUAUUAUUCUCACUCAGUCCCGUUGAAUGUGUUAAGGUUCGGUAUUUCGACGUAGCGUAUGACAGGAGACAAUUGUUGUCAAAUAAUCGACUCCUGUAACGCGUUCGAGUUUUAACGGUCAUUUUUAAAACUCCCCGGGAGAAGGAGAAGGGACUACUUUAGUCAUGGAAACAGUGAUUACCACGCUUGUCACGAAAUAAUCAUUAAAUUCAUUUAAUAAAUUGUCCCGCUAAUUUCCUAGGCUAACAAAAUUGCGUAUAACUGAGAGCCAGUUCCUGGCAACGCGUGUAAAUAUCCAAGAUGGAGUAAAAGUGGGUACAUCGAUAAUGAUUCUUUCAUUUCUUCUUUUUCUUCGUUUUCCCCAAAUAAUUUCGGAAAACUGCAAGGAAAAUCCAGGCAACAGGAAAUCUCGGCAAAGGGAGCUCGACAUUUCCUAUCGGACGCAUCCGCUCGCCGCCAUUGAUCUCGAUUUUCGGAAUUUAGGGAAUCUCAAAAAAACCCGCUCACCCGAAAUCCAAGAUGGCGCCGAGCGGAACUCGUACGCUACGCAUACCUGCUACUUUAGAGUUUACACAAAUCGCAAACGAUAAACAGGCUCCAUCUCUUGUAAUAUUUUUAUUA